CUCAUCUACUUUGGAAGAAACCCAGGAAUCUUCUAUCACUUCACGGUGCCCAGAGACAGCGACUACCGUGACGCCGUCGACUCCAGGGCUGCCGAGCCCAGCGCAGCAGACGACAGGAGACACCACGGACAUCAUCGCCGACGUCAUCAUCGACGUCACCGCGGCGACAGGCCGGAGCACACGUCCGCUCAUGAAGGAGUACCACAAGCAGACGUGAUUCCUGCCGUCAGCCAAGGAACCUCACCUCUGCACCUGAGAAGACGGCAGCACAGGCGUCAGCCACUCAGGACCUCGCAUAGACCAUCGGUCAUCUUGAGGUCAUCGUAUCAGAGACCAGAUGGUAAAGGAACCCACGGUAGUGCCAGCAGAGACAGAGACGAUGAUGACAAUACAGAUAGUAGAGACACUCGACAGAAUUCGCGAAGACCAACGAAAAAGGCGUCUCCUCCGAGGUCGUACAUACAAAUCAAGUCCAAAUCAAGGCUGCGAAACAAACAGGCGCCAAUUUCUUCCAAGAAAACGCCGUCUGAUUCCCAGAAUCAGCAGGGCGCCGCGGCUCCAGGCAAAUCGGGCGUCGGUUACGAGCAGGGUCAGUUUUUCGUGAAGGGAGAGAAUGGAUCUAUACAGUAUAAACAUUACUAUCACACUAACGUUCACGACGGGCUUGGGGACGUGCCCAUAGGUUCCGCCAACGGCGAUGAGAAGACGAGCCAGGGAUCAGUUCGUUACGGACAGAAACCCACAAGGAUAGACAGUUCAUACGACGACAG